AUGGCAGCUGUGCAGUCGAGCCAACCGGAUGAGCCCCCUUACCCCUCAUUUGAGGAGCUUCGGAGCAAUGAGGAGCGUGUUUUCUUCUGCCCCGCCGCCAAGCGUCUCUACUGGUCUCUAGAAGGCGUCUUCCCUUCCGCAGUAUCCGUCAUGAGGACCGCUCGCAGCGUGGGCGAGCUUGACCCCUUCUUCAGAUCAGACACCAACGGCAGCGGUAGUGGCACCUGGCAUGAGAUCUCAUCGCUGCCUCUGACCGACCCAAAGGUCUCUUCUGUUGAGGCUUCGCUGCGCGACCUUGACCAAUGGGAGUCUGAUUGGCUAGCAUGGCAUAGGGACCAUACCGCACCUGAGUUUAACGCCGAGUAUAUCACCUAUGGAGAUCUCAGCGAUGAAGACCGGCCUUACGCAAAUGAGCCCAACGAAGAUGGCAGCUGGGAGGAGGACUCGGAUACUGAGUUUCUCAUACGAUGUUGUAGAGACGAUAGACCGCUCAGAAAGAGAGGGUUGAAAAUUAAAGUUACACCCUCCGCAGGCAACUUUGUUACUGUGCAUGACUAUGUCAGUGUCGUGCAUCCAUGGCUCAUGGGCUUACGUGGGGAUAUUAUGCGAGCAAAGGCUGUUGCACGUCCCAGGCCUUAUGUUGAGUCUGUAGUCAACACCGAAUGGAUGGUUAGCAACCUGACAGCGCCGCAACACGAAAUAAUGUCAAAAGAAUUUUGGAUUGAGAUGCAUCGCCCG